GGGGAGGCGUGUCCCUCGCGGGCCGCCGUCGCGCUCCCCGCGCCAUGGCGGCCUUCGCGCCGCGGAAGGCGCGGCGGCUGGCGCGGCCGGACGGCAGCAGGAAGGGCAGCCUGGACGAGCGGGCCGCCCCCGUCGUGCGGCUCCUCAACGGGCGGGCCCGGUUCUGCACCACCAGCUCCUGCUCGGGCCGCCUGGUCCUGGCGCAGGGCCGCGCCGCGGACGCAGACAGCUCCCGGGCCCGGAGGAAGAGCUGCUCGUGGCUGCUGGUGAGACACGAGCCCUGCAGCAGGGAGGAUGUGAUGACAGCACUAGAGAAAGCCACUGGUGACGUUGUGUUCAAGUUUGAACCAUUUGUUCUUCAUGUGCUGUGUCAAGAGCUGCAAGACGCACAACUUCUGCACUCGGUGGCUGUCAGUGCUGGGUUCAGGAACUCCGGUAUCACAGUUGGCAGAGGAGGAAAAAUUACGAUGGCUGUCCGGAGCACUCAUUGCUUGGAAGUUCCAUUGAGCCACAAGGGGAAGUUGAUGGUCUCUGAAGAAUAUAUUGAAUUUCUGAUACAUGUAGCUAAUCAGAAAAUGGAAGAAAACAUGAAGAGGAUUGACAGGUUCCACAAAAGCCUUGAGCUGGCUUUGAAAACUUGUGUCAGUGCAGACAACUCACCCUCUGAGGAGACAGAGAAGAGUCGCCCCGUGUACGUCCGCAGAAGAAAGAGGAAGACCUUCCAGCAGCAAGGCCUGGACACCCCUCCCAGGGAGCACAGGGAGGAGCUGGAGCCUGAGGAGGAUGUGGAAAACAGUCUUGAUAUUUUUGCUGGCAUCAUGAUAUAGACUAAGACAUUUGAAAGCAAAUGACAAACUGAAUAGUAACUGUAAUGCUCUUUGUAAGAGUUAUAAAUACUGCUCUGUUCUAAGCAGUAACACUCUUAUGAACAUUUACCAGAAAAAAAGGUAAUUAAACAGAAUUGUUAACAAGUUCAGUGCCACAGAAGCACAGAGAACAAAA